AAUCGCAAAAUCACCUUCUCUCCUCCCGGUCCGUACCGUUCCCACGUUAACCGUGCGCGUGCGUACUCUGCUACGUGUCCGACGGCAGAGAGCAACCCCGCAGCAGAGGGGCCUCCCAAGCGCAGAGCUUCACGGCAGUCUUCAUCUCGUGUCGUCCCUAGCAAGUUCCAGUUCGAAACAUAACGGACAAAAUUCGGCGACUGAAGUCGCGACCGCGCGUUGGUUGCCCAGAUAACGGUGUUCGCGAAAAACGACAGAGCGGCGAGAGCAGCGUGCCAGUGAAUCAGAAAAUCUAAAAAUUAACUCCCAGUGGACCCAACACCACGAAAGGCACUCUCCAUGAACGGCUCCUCGAGCAUACCUAGACCGCAGCUGAAGAGAACACCCAACAACUUUCCCUUAUAACGAAUACUCCCCGCUAACCUGGACCAAACCGCGACUAAGCCAAAGUGAACACACACACAGCGAGUGUGCUACCUACCGACUAUCACAUACCGUAGCCGUAAUUAGUCAAUGCCAAAUAUGAUAGUCGACAAGUCGGAUCUGGUGGGCGAGAACGCCUGGACGAAGCUGCUGCCCGAGGGCGACAAGGGCAAGACCCCAAUCAUUGUGAAGAUGAGCAACAGCAACAACAAUGAGACCUCUGUCCAUCCGGACAGCACGCAACUCAGCGUGGACCAACUGGUGGUGGCCACCACACCGGGCGGUGUGUCGGAGACGGCAUCCGGCGGACCCGUUCUCGAGGAGAGCUACAAGCGCAGUGCCACCUAUGCCUCGAACAUCAACAGCACCGGGGGCGAGUCCAGUGGCAGUGGCACUCAGCUCUCCCGCAAGGAGUCCAUCCUGGGCACCUUCCACAGACAGCUCAGACGGUCCAUCAAAGCCGUCAGCGAAUCCCCCGGACAACUAAACAGGUACCGGCAGACACGUUUCAGCUCGCGGCGUGUCCGCAAACGUGUGGUGUUCAAGCAUGGCGAAUGCAACGUGGUGCAGGGAAAUGUGGCCAAGAGACGUCGUCGAUAUCUGCAGGACAUCUUCACGACAUUGGUGGAUGCUCAGUGGCGCUGGACGCUGCUCGUUUUCGCCGCCAGCUUCGUCAUUUCGUGGGCCUUCUUUGGGUUCAUCUGGUGGAUCAUCGCCUAUGCCCACAACGACCUGGAGUACAUCAAUCUGAGGGACAAGCAGCCCGAUCUGGUGGCCAAUAUGACGCACACGGUGUGCGUGACGGAGGUGAAGAGCAUCAUGACCGCCUUCCUCUACUCGGUGGAGACGCAGACGACGAUCGGCUAUGGCAAUCGCUACGUGACGGAGGAGUGCCCCGAGGCCAUCUUCACCAUGUGCAUCCAGUGCAUCACGGGCGUCUUCAUCCAGGCCUUUAUGGUGGGCAUUGUCUUUGCCAAGCUCUCGCGUCCCAAGAAGCGCGCCCAGACGCUGCUCUUCUCGCGUAAUGCCGUCAUCUGUCAUCGCGACGGUGUGCCCUGUCUGAUGUUCCGCGUGGGCGAUAUGCGCAAGUCCCACAUCAUCGAGGCGCACAUCAGGGCGCAGAUAAUCCGCAAGAAGGUCACCAAGGAGGGCGAAGUGCUGCCGUUCUACCAACAGGAAUUGCACAUAGGAGCCGACGGCGGCGAGGAUCGAUUGAUGUUCAUCUGGCCCACCACCAUUGUCCACAAGAUCGAUCGGAACAGCCCACUGUACAUGCUCUCCGCCUCGGACAUGCUAAAGGAACGCUUUGAAGUUGUCGUUAUGCUGGAGGGUGUCAUCGAGUCCACUGGCAUGACCACGCAGGCGCGCAGCAGCUAUCUGCCCUCGGAGGUGUUGUGGGGUCAUCGGUUCGUCAAUGUGGUGUCCUUCCGCAAGGAGACCGGCGAGUACGAGGUGGACUACACGCUCUUCAACAACACCUACGACGUGGACACGCCCCUGUGCAGUGCCAAGCAGCUGGACGAGCUCAAGUCGGAGUACUCGAGGAGCGCCAAGAGCUGUCUGGGCGCGGCCCCAUUUCCGGAUCGCGCCCUCUCGGCCAGCUUGUUCCAGCGCAUUGCCUCCGCGGCAUCGGUGGACCAUCUGGAUCCGGCGAGCGACGAGUCGCUGGAUUCGGGCCGUCUGCAGAUACGCUCCCAUUCCAUUCCCAACGGCGUUCUGGCCAGCGAGCUGGAGCCGCUGAACAACAACAAGCAGGGGGCCUCCUUCACCAUGGGCGGACUGACCAUAACGACGACGGCGCCCAGCAUACCCAACCUCUCAAGUAUUAACGAGAAGACCAACUCUGGUAAUUCCAUAAACAGCAGCAACUACAGCAACAACAACAGCCUCAGCACGCUGGCCAUAGGAUCGGGGCCUGGCAGUGGCAAUGGCAGUGCCCCAGCCACGAGUCCCAGCAAUGGCAGCAUCCGCAAGUCGAAUCCGCGUCGCCUGAGCAUCAAGCAGGAUCAGCUGCCCAUCGAUUCCAUAUGUUGAUAUUAUUACAAGUAGAUUGAGGAUGUGAGGAGGGAGAGCUCUUCCCCAUGCCCCGCUCCCCACCCUCCUACGAUGUUGUAUUCGAUUUAAGUGUAAGGCUCCUCCUCUAUUCUAACUCUAACUCAAAGUGCAUAGGUUAAGCCAGAUGAUUCCCGUCAAAGCCAUAGAGCUGCUGCAGCUGUGAAACUUUCCCCCAAUCCCUGACUCCCAUCCCAUGCUGAAGCGGAGGCAAUUUGAUUGCUUCCGAAGGAACCAACCCUCUAAACGAUUGUACUAUGUAUAGCCUAAUGAAAGAUGAAUGAUGAAUGAUGUACGUUGAUGAUAGCUUUAGUUGUAUUGAAUUUACUAUAAUUAAGCUAAACAACAUUGAUAUUACCGCAAAGUACGAUGUGAGACACAGAAACCAAAAUGCUGCAACUUCCUCGUAAGCUUAGACCACUAGAAAAAUGUUUAUAAAGCUCACUACACAUAAAUAAAUAACAUUUAGCCACUAUAAUGACAUGAAAUGAAAAUGAAAUGAUACGAACGGAAUUUUGAAUUCCCUUUUACCCCAUUCUAAUUGUUGAACAAAGCACAAAGUAAACUGUUUCAAAAACACGAGCUUGAAUUCUGAAUAAUGUGUGGACAAUAAAAUUGUAUGAGCAUGAAU